UCUAUGUAGUGGAGAGUGUUGUAAGCAUAUUAUCUCCAUUAGACAUCUCACACAUGGCUGCACGAAUGAGGGCUCUCACAAUUUUCCAACAUGUUGAAAAGAAGCUUAUGGAAAAACCAUCCGGACUGGGCACUAUCCAAAUGAAUGGAAUUGACAACAUCAUUAACUUCCUCCAUUGAAUGCUGGUUCAUGAGCAUCUAUUAUCCUCAUCUGAAACCAGUUUCUGAAUCACCUCUCCUGACACUUCCAUCCAAUCAUUUCAUCUUUUCUCAUCCAUUCAUGCUAAUAUCCGAGUUUCAGAAAGGAGGAUUUACUAUUCAUUUCUAAGGAAGAUUACAUUUUUCAUUUUCCUGAAUUGGGUCUCUCUCUGGAAGAUGUGGAGAGAAUCAGCUGAGUUUGAAUCCUUAGAUUUUUAUUUUUAUUUUUAUUUUAUUAAAAAGCAUCAUCAUCAUCAUAAAACCCAUGUCCCAAGUGUUUUGAUAACCAAUAAAAAGCAGAGAAAAGAAAGAAAAGAAAAUGAAGAAGACUUUUGAGUUUCUGAUAUUCUAUUCUCUGAUCAUAUCUGAUGAAGCAACCAAUGCCUUCUUAUAGAAUAGAAGCAUGCUCCAUUUUAGCAGCUAUUGAAUUGCCGCCUUCUCUCAAAUUGAUCUGCUUCAAUAUUUGAGGAGGAGAUCAUUUUCUCUUUGGAGCAAAUCCCCAAGCCAAAUUGUUCUAUCCCUUGAUUCAUAUUUGGGUGAGAAGAGUUUCAGAUGAAUUUCAAGGCUGUCUUUUUUUUCUUUUCUUUUUUUUUGCCUUUGGUUUGUCAGGUGAAAAAGUUAGGUUUCACAGCAUAUAUAUUCGGCUUGUUGGGGAAUCCUUUCAACUGAUAGAAGAGGCGUGACGUUGAACUCUGUGUUCUGUGUCACUUUAGUCAUCUUGUUCAUUAUGGAUGACUAUAAAUCCGUGGGUGUCAUACAAGGUGAUGAACAAGUGAUUGCUAUUGCACAGAACAUUUUGAAAGCCCUAGAAGCAAGUAACAACUUCACCAAUGAUAUGAAAAGAGUCCUCCUGGAUUUCAACGUCUGCUUAUCAAGGAAGUCUGAAAUCUUAGAAAAGCAAGGAAGUGUAAGUGAGAUAGAAGAACGCUUCAACUCUGUGCUGGAGAAGGUCAUGAAUUGGGAUUCCGAUCGGUCAAUUAUAUGGAACCCUGAUCUGGGGGGAACUUCCAAGCAUCUUCAGGCCAUUGAUGAAAUUCGAAGUCUGAUAGAAAGCUUAGAGAGCUUGUCUCUGAGCGAAGAUCAAGAAAAGGAUGAGCUUCUACAAAUUGCCCGCAGCAUUCUUCAAAUGGCAAUGUCAUGGAUUGAGGAAGAAUUUAUCAAAAUUCUUGUUGAGAACAGGCAACCUUUGGAGCCCGAACGCAUAUCUCUUUGUUUGAGCGAAGAUCGCUUGUCAUUUGCGAUUUCAACAAGUUCGGUGGAUGAUGAUUCAGAUGAGGACACCCAAGCAAGGCUUAAGAGACAUAAUAGCAAAAGCUCAGAGGAUUUCAUUGUUGAUUUGAUCCAUCCGGAUGUUAUUGCAGACCUUAAAUGCAUCGCAGAAGUGAUGUUCAUGUCGAACUAUGACCGAGAAUGUUGCCAAGCUUACAUUAGCAUCCGAAAAGAUGCCUUGGAGGAUAGCUUGUUUAUGCUUGAAAUUGAAAGACUGAAUAUGGGGGAAGUUCUGCAAAUGGAGUGGAGUUUCUUAAAUUCCAAGAUAAAAAAAUGGAUCCGCGGGAUGAAGAUUUUUGUUCAUAUCUAUCUUGCCAAUGAGAAAAGGCUCAGUAAUGAAAUCUUUGGAGUGUUUGGAUUGGCCAGACAGUCUUGUUUCAUUGAGGCUUCAAAGGGCUUGAUCUUGCAACUGCUAAGUUAUGGUAAAUCUAUUGCAAUCAGGCCCCACUCACCUGAAAAUCUGUUUCUGAUACUUGACAUGUAUGAUGGGUUGACUGAUCUUCUCCCGGAUAUAGAUGUUUUGUUCUCCGAAGAGGCUGGUUCUUCUGUGAGAACUGAGUUUCGUGUAGUUCUGAUGAGAUUGGGGGACCAUGUGAGGGGGACUUGUGUAGAAUUCAAGAAUGCUGUUAGAAUGAAUGUGUCGAAAACGCCAUUGGCCGGAGGUGGGAUUCAUCCCCUGACAAGGUAUGUGAUAAAUUAUGUAAAGACCCUUACAGAUUAUAAUGAUACCCUGAAGUUUCUUCUUGAAAAGAAUGGUGAGGAUCAUAUAUCAUCAUUAUCCGGUUUGAAUACAGCUCUUCAUGAAGAUGAUUGGCGGUCUACAGCUCGAUAUAUUCAAUCAGUAAUUUCCAUCCUCGAAUCCAACCUCGAAUGUAAAUCUAACCUGUAUAAUGAUGGUUCUCUGCAGCACUUCUUCCUGAUGAACAACGUCUUCUACAUAGUACAGAAAGCUGACUCGGACCUUGGAGCUUUUCUUGAAGAUGACUGGAUCAGAAACCAAAGAAGGAAAAUUCAACAGCUCCAACUGAACUAUGAAAGAGCUUCUUGGAGCUUGAUCCUCUCUUUCUUGAAAAUUGGGGGCGUUCCCUUUACAAAAUCGGGUUCAGUCUCGAGCGCAAUCCUCAAGGAGAAGUUCCAGCGCUUUAAUCUUGCCCUCGAAGAGAUCUACAAGACACAGACGGCAUGGUUGGUUCCCAAUCUCCAGUUCCGAGAUGAUCUAAGGAUUUCCAUCUCAUUGAAAGUCCUUCAGGCAUAUCGGGAGUUCAUGGGAUGGUCUUCCUGUUUUCUAGGGGGUGAGAGGCGCAGCCACCGCUACAUCAAGUACAGUCCAGAGGAUUUGCAGGAAUUUAUCUUGGAUCUGUUCGAGGGGUCACCGAGAUCAUUGCACAAAUCUCACAGAAGGAUACUGUAGGUCAUUCAUGCUGACCAAGUAGGCCAUGAGCUAGCUAGUUGGCUGUCGUCGUCGUCGUCGUUGUUGUUGGUCAGGUAUGUUCUUCCCAACAAGUUUUAAUGAUCACAUUCAUUAUAGUACAUGUAUGUUAAUCUCAACUUGCCCGUUGUUUCGUAAUAUUUUAUUUUGUAUAAUACAACUUGUCACCGGGAUACGUGA